AUGGGUGACUGGUCUAUUCUUGGACGUUUUCUCUCUGAGGUCCAGAAUCAUUCCACAGUAAUUGGCAAGAUCUGGCUCACGAUGCUGCUCAUUUUCCGCAUCUUGCUGGUAGCCUUGGUGGGAGACGCCGUUUACAACGAUGAGCAAUCUAAGUUCACCUGCAAUACCCAGCAGCCUGGAUGCAACAACGUGUGUUACGACACAUUCGCACCCGUUUCCCAUCUGAGGUUCUGGGUUUUCCAAAUUGUGCUGGUCUCAACCCCAUCAAUAUUCUACAUAGUAUUUGUUUUGCAUAAAAUUGCCAAAGACGAAAGGCUAGACGGACAACGGGCACAGUUGCUGCGGCAAAGGCCUUCAAGGCAGUGUACUGGGAAGAAGGUCGGUAAGGAAGCGAUGAGGGUAGGUGUGCCUACUUAUUGUCCUCGAUAUAGGGAGGAUUGGGAUGAGAGGGAAAGAACACAGCAAAGCUUUCUGGAGGAGGGUCAUGGUGCACUGGCAGAAGACCCCACUCAACAGUCUAACCAGGUUCUGCUUAUCUACAUCCUUCAUGUGUUACUUCGAUCAGUCAUGGAGAUCACCUUCCUGGUGGGCCAGUAUUUGUUAUUUGGGUUUGAGGUGCCCCACCUUUACCGCUGUGAGACCUAUCCUUGCCCAACUCGCACAGACUGUUUUGUGUCUCGUGCCACAGAGAAAACAAUUUUCCUCAACUUUAUGUUCAGCAUUAGCCUGGGCUGCUUUGUGCUCAACAUUGCAGAGCUUCACUACCUGGGCUGGGUCUACAUUUUCCGUGUCCUCUGCUCAGCCUGCUCCAACUGCUGCAGUCAAGAGAAUGAUCCAGAUAAAAUGUACUCCAAGCAAAACCCCCUUUUGCUCCAACUCAGGCAUUCUCUGAGAGGUCAGCUGGUUCUGCAGAGCCGUUCAACGAUGGCUCAAGAGAAGACAGGAGGUCUACUCACACAUGCCCCAGCUAUCUCUUUUGAAACAGACUCAACUGUGGAAUGCAGCUCAAAGAGGAGUCCGGAGAACAUGGACAAGGUGAAGGUUAAAUUGGCCAACAUGGCCAAGUUAGGACGAACUAAGAAAUCUUGGCUGUGA